AUGCAGUCUGGACAUCAUAGCCAAACCCUGGCGUCCGCAUACAACGAUGCCACCAUCAACUUAAAUCACGACCAUACAGAGCCCUUUACCACCAACACGAAUAACGACCAUACAGAGCCCUUUACCACCAACGAUCUAUCAAAUGAGCUUGAUCUUGGGGAGGCAUUGGAUAUACGCGCGGCAACGGCCAGCCUCUCAGCCAACAUCGAUGCGACUCCCGUACCCUCAUCAGACAGCACUUCUGCGUCGGUCCCCUCGGCCACCCCUUCGGUUGUUCAAGAGCAAUUUAAAACGCUUCAAGCAGAAGCCAAAAAGAGAAAGGCUGCGAAUUACUGGCCACCUGAUGUCAUCGAGCGGACGUUAGAGGAGCUUGAGCAGAAGCGUCAGGGGAAUAAGCGCCGUACUACAGCCACAGUACCAAAGAUCAAAGAUACACGGAGGUUACAAGCGAUACGCGGCAACGCUAUGAUCCAGGAACUGUCCUUACAGCUUGGUCGACUUCACGACAACUAUGAGAUUGCCAGCUUCAUCCUUUUAAUGCCUCUUGCGGCGGACCAUCCGUUCAUGCCACAGGCCGUGAUCAAGGGCCCGUACCUCGAGGCGGUGUUGCAGAAGCGUUGGGGAAUCGGCGGGAAUAAUCCAGACCAUAGCCGGACUGUUCUCAAUUCAAUUCAGGCAGGGAUUUCUGAACUUCGCGCUCGACGUCAGGAUGCUCAUGCUUCUCGUGACGCGGAUGGCGCCAGUAGCGACUCGCUCGCUGUUCAGCAUUCCCGUCUCCCAUUGCAGGCCCAGCGAACUAGGCUGACCGAGGAGAUAAGCCACGUCCUCAGCACUACUUCCAGCAAGAAAAUGACCACAGUUCCUUGGUCCUCGAUGAACGUUCUCUGCCUCGAACGCGACGUGUGGUGGGAAUCUGUUAAGGUCGACUUCAACUGGAGCUUCGUACGCGAAGGUCGCAAGGAAGCUCUCUUGUACUUGGGCGGCAUAUAUGUCAAGGGCCAACUCGUCCUUAAGAGUCUAAGUGAAUAUGACGAAGAUCACGCCACCGCCAUCCGUAACGCCUUGAAACAGAUGGCCUUGAAGAACGAUAAUAAGGCUGCCAUCAAGCGUCAAUUUGGAGACAAUCCCCCAUCCUUCUCUGAGCCAGAUUUCGAACACUGGAAGGCACAACUGCCUGUCCAGCGAGCAAUGAAGCCAAGUUAUGUCUCUGUUUCUGAAGCGUGCCUGUGGCGACGUUUAGUCGGCACGGACACGCUUCAGAAACAGAGACAUAACUUGGCUUCAUUAUGUGGUAGCAUUAACUAUAUGUGUUCCUGCCCUGCCAACCAAACGUACCGAAAGCAACAAGAUGCCGUGGCGAUCAGCAACCACUCGGUCCGGACACCAGUGACUGUUCGAGUGCCAAUCUUGCAACGUUGGGCACAAACAACACGUGUGAUCGCCUCUGCGAAUUCCGAUAAUAUUGUCAAGCACCUGCAGUUGUUGACUGCUCACUGA